UAGUCCCAGAAGCUGCCACUGAUUAGACCACCGGUCGAACCAUUCCAGCGAUUGUGGGUAUAUAUGCUCGCACAGCCUUCCACAUGCCGUCGCCAGUCGGUAUAUGUCACCGUCAUCAUCUCGUAGACACAUAAAAGUACACAACCAGCCAGUGUGCCGACGACUUCGUACUUCCCGGACAUCGAGUCGAUCGCCAAACGCACAGCCAGCUGGUACAAAUGCAGCGGAAGUGAUUCAGGCCCACUCGAUAGUGCACGGCGCUCUCGUAGUUCGAUAUUCUUCGCCGAGAUCGCGAGGGCUGCCGCUCGCCAUGGUGGGCAUCGCUUCAUUCUUGUCACAGAUGCUCGCGAGUAAUGCUGUUGCGCAGAAUGUGCAUCAAACCACGGAGCGCAUUCCGUCAGAUAGUUGUGCAUCAACUCCACCUCCAGCUCGGUCCGGAGCGCACUUUGUACAAGUUCAGAUGCCUCUAACGUGGCCCAAUCCGUGAAGUGCUCCGUGUGUGAGGGCGAGAUGUGCUCAACUGGCCGCAAAGAAGCCAGAUCGGGCUCAGGCGUUGGGUACUACUCUGUAUGGAAGCCAUCCUGCUCCACAGACGGCGUCUCUAGCUGGGAAGGUGUGCUUAGUGGAAGUGACCAUGUGUCGAGCUGAAUUGAGGAGUUCCUCCUGCGGGUGAUGCCCGGUCCUUGUGGAGUAUGGAAAACUAUGCGAACGUCCCUAGUCC